GAAGAAGAACAACAACAACAACCAGCGUCAUCAGUCAGCGUUGGGUCUCCUGAGGCAGUUUUGUUGCCCCAUCACACAGCAGUUCACCCACAGUUCAGCGUCUUCACAGUAAAAGAUGGAAUGUUCCCAUUAGUCUAAAAGCGAAGAAGAUAAAGUUUGUGAAAGAAAGUAAACAUGAAUGAUCCAGAGCCCCGCGGAAUAAAACUGGAAGAUAUGGAACAACAAAUAGACCUGAUAGAAGAGUACGAGGAGACUGAAGAACUGAUGGAAGAAGGGGAGAUGCAUCAGGUCAAAACUGAAGAAACAUCCUGGAGUCCCUCAUUGAAAAAUAUAUGUUUCACUUGCCCUCAGUGUGGAAAGGGUUUCUCAUUCAAGGAAAAUCUUGACAUAAAAUUGCAUAAUGGAGGGAAGCCGUACGCAUGUGAUCAGUGUGGGAAGAUUUUCACUAUAAUAACAAACCCGAUUGAACACGUGAAAAUCCACACUGCAGAGAAGCCACACAUAUGUGAUCAGUGUGGGAAGAGCUUUUCACAAAAAGGAAACCUUAACGAACACAUGAAAAUCCACACUGGCGAGAGGCCAUUCCCAUGUGAUCAGUGUGAGAAGAGAUUCACACAUAAAGGAAACCUUAAUGAACACCUGAAAAUCCACACUGGCGAGAAGCCAUAUGCAUGUGAUCAGUGCUGGAAGAGUUUUGCACAUAAAGCAAACUUUAAUGACCACAUGACGAUCCACACUGGAGAGAAACCACACACUUGUGCUCAGUGUGGGAAGAGUUACGCACGAAAAGGAGCCCUUAAUUAUCACAUGAAGAUCCACACCGGAGUGAAUCUGCACACGUGUGAUCAGUGUGGGAAGAUUUUCAGGUAUAAAACAAACUUUAACCGCCACAUGACAAUCCACACUGGAGAGAAACCACACACUUGUGCUGAGUGUGGGAAGAGUUACGCACGAAAAGGAGCCCUCAAUGAUCACAUGAAGAUCCACACCGGAGUGAAUCUGCACACGUGUGAUCAGUGCGGGAAGAGUUUCAGAAAAUCAUGGGUUUUUAAAGUACAUCUACUUACUCAUUCUAGAGAAAGACGGUACAAUUGUGACCAAUGCGGUAAAAGUUUUUUUAGAGCAGAUUUCUUGAAGAACCACCUGAAAGUUCAUACAAAGGAGAGGCCUCACAUAUGUUCUUUGUGUGGAAAGAGUUUCAGACAGACGAGUGCAUUAAAGAAACAUCAGAAGAGACACGGUGCUGUGAAGGAUCAUGUUUGCUCUGAAUGUGGGAAGGCUUUUUUUACAGAUAGUGCACUGAAAGUGCAUCAGUCAGUUCACACUCGAGAAACACCUUAUAAGUGUUCACACUGUGACAAGAGCUUCAAACGCUCAGAAUAUCUGAAAAUACACGAGAGGAUCCACACUGGAGAGAGACCGUAUCACUGCCCUUCAUGUGGGAAGAGUUUCACUCAUUUAUCGUCUCUAUUCGGUCAUAAAAAAAAGUGCAUGUCUGAAAUUACAAGCAGUAGUUUGAUAAACAUGAAUGAUCCAGAGCCCUGCGGAAUAAAACUGGAAGAUAUGGAACAACAAAUAGACCUGAUAGAAGAGUACGAGGAGACUGAAGAACUGAUGGAAGAAGGGGAGAUGCAUCAGGUCAAAACUGAAGAAACAUCCCGGAGUCCCUCAUUGAAAAAUGACAGUAUAUGUUUCACUUGCCCUCAGUGUGGAAAGGGUUUCUCAUUCAAGGAAAAUCUUGACAUAAAAUUGCAUAAUGGAGGGAAGCCGUAUGCAUGUGAUCAGUGUGGGAAGAUUUUCACUAUAAAAACAAACCCGAUUGAACACGUGAAAAUCCACACUGCAGAGAAGCCACACAUAUGUGAUCAGUGUGGGAAGAGCUUUUCACAAAAAGGAAAACUUAACGAACACAUGAAAAUCCACACUGGCGAGAGGCCAUUCCCAUGUGAUCAGUGUGAGAAGAGAUUCACACAUAAAGGAAACCUUAAUGAACACCUGAAAAUCCACACUGGCGAGAAGCCAUAUGCAUGUGAUCAGUGCGGGAAGAGUUUUGCACAUAAAACCAACUUUAACGACCACAUGACGAUCCACACUGGAGAGAAACCACACACUUGUGCUCAGUGUGGGAAGAGUUACGCACGAAAAGGAGCCCUCAAUUAUCACAUGAAGAUCCACACCGGAGUGAAUCUGCACACGUGUGAUCAGUGUGGGAAGAGUUUCAGGUAUAAAACAAACUUUAACCGCCACAUGACAAUCCACACUGGAGAGAAACCACACACUUGUGCUGAGUGUGGGAAGAGUUAUGCACGAAAAGGAGCCCUUAAUUAUCACAUGAAGAUCCACACUGGAGUGAAUCUGCACACGUGUGAUCAGUGCGGGAAGAGUUUCAGGUAUAAAACAAACUUUAACCGCCACAUGACGAUCCACACCGGAGAAAAACCACACACUUGUGCUCAGUGUGGGAAGAGUUACGCACGAAAAGGAGCCCUCAAUGAUCACAUGAAGAUCCACACCGGAGUGAAUCUGCACACGUGUGAUCAGUGCGGGAAGAGUUUCAGAAAAUCAGGGGUUUUUAAAGUACAUCUACUUACUCAUUCUAGAGAAAGACGGUACAAUUGUGACCAAUGCGGUAAAAGUUUUUUUAGAGCAGAUUUCUUGAAGGACCACCUGAAAGUUCAUACAAAGGAGAGGCCUCACAUAUGUUCCUUGUGUGGAAAGAGUUUCAGACAGACGAGUGCAUUAAAGAGACAUCAGAAAAGACACAGUGCUGUGAAGGAUCAUGUUUGCUCUGAAUGUGGGAAGGCUUUUUUUACAGAUAGUGCACUGAAGGUGCAUCAGUCAGUUCACACUAGAGAAACACCUUAUAAGUGUUCACACUGUGACAAGAGCUUCAAACGCUCAGAAUAUCUGAAAAUACACGAGAGGAUCCACACUGGAGAGAGACUGUAUCACUGCCCUUCAUGUGGGAAGAGUUUCACUCAUUUAUCGUCUCUAUUCGGUCAUAAAAAAAAGUGCAUUUCUGAAAUUACUAGCAGUAGUUUUGAGUUGAACUGUAAGACUGCAUCAAACAAUUGUUGAUAAUUGAUUAGUCCAAGGUUGUUAGAUCAAUGAAUCAACUGAUUGUUGAUCAUUUUACACCUUAAUAAUUAUGAAUUAUUUUAUUAUUUGCUAUUGAUUGCUAUUGUUGUUUAAUCUUAUGAAUAUGGUUGAUAAGAGAUUAGAGAAUGUCAUUGUUUCAAUGUUUUUAAUAUUGUGAAGCAGUGCUUUUUUCAUUGUUUUUGCUUUGGUAUAUUAGGACUUGUUGGAUUUGUACUGGCCAGACUAAGUCUGAGCUUUUAUACAAUUGCAUUCUGAAGAAGUCUUGAGCAUUGAAACAUACGCAACUAAGAUUAUUCAAUAAAUUGUGGUCUUUGUUAUGUCA